AUGGUCUCUCUUCCAAUCAUCAUACGUACUUGCAAACAGUGUAGUGAACCUUUACCGAGCAACUAUGUUAAAUGCUUUAAUUGCAACAACAGCUUCCACUUCAAUCCCUGCAGUCCUCUCUCCGAAUCAACAUACAAUAGCAUGAACAAUGAUCGUAAGGCUAUUUGGAAAUGUCAUUUAUGUAAACCCCGCGCUAAAUCAACAACAAACAACACCUAUGAAGUUGUAUUAUAUCAGGAGAAGCAACAACAAAAGCAAAUAAGGGAGAAUGAUGGUAAUGAAAAUGAGCAGACUAAACGUUUUAAAGACUCAAUUUCUCUAAACGAGUUGCAAUCGAGUAUUUGCACAAUUAAAGCCGAGCUUAAAUCUGAUGUCAACGAAGUGAAGACUGAAGUUAAUGGUGUCAAAACAAAUAUAAUUGAUUUAAAAACCUUCGUUGAGCAAUUAGCUCUCAAAAUUGGCCAAUCUGAUGAUAAUUUUAAAGAAGAGAUGAAAACUGCCCUUUCUCAAAUAACAACAACUCUUUCUAAUCUCUUAGGACAAAUGGGAGAGAUGAGAGAAGAGAAUAGGGAAAACAAAAAAGAGAUAAAAGAAAUGGACACUAAAAUUAAUAAUAUCCAACAACAGAUGCUAAGCAAAAAAAUAGAAAUAACAAAUUCCUCUCCCAUACCACAUCUUUGUGACAAUGUCAAAUGUCCGGCUCUCUCGGAGUUAGCAUGUCCAGCUGACAGCAGUAUUCGUGAACUUAUAGCUGAACCAUUAAUAGCGGUUGAUGAUGAACAGGAGUUACUUUAUAACUCCAACAAUAGUACGGAAAUUACAGAAGAAAUCCUAUCCCAAUGCUGUCUCAAUAAAAAAUGUAUUUGUAAUCUUUGUCAUAUACCCGAUUGCCACAAUGAGGAUGAAGUAGUGGUAGAACUUCUACCGGAAUCCAUAGAUAUGCCAGGUUUUUGCUGUGGCAAAUACGAGUGUCAGAAAGAACCCAAUUGCACCGAGGUGCAAAAUACCGAAAACUAUUGGUUGAGCAAUUGUCAGCGCUGCAGGUGCUAUGGUGGUCAUAAAAUGUGUCAUCAAAUCUGUGAUGAGGGUAUUAAGAAACCGGCCAUGUGUCAUUCGAAGAACUUGAACUCAUUCUAUGAGCAUGGUCAAAGAUGGCGUGAUGGUUGUUCCGACUGUGAGUGUGUUAAUGGUGAGGCCAAUUGUUUGAUUACCUUUUGUAAGGGCUUAAAUUGCCCGAAAAAUCGUCAGGUGCAAUUGAAAGAUAAAUGUUGUCCGGUUUGUUGGCCCAAUGGUUUUGCUAUGCCCACUGCUGAAGAGGAAUAUGGUGAAGAUGGUGAUUUAGAAGAACAUAAUGAUAAUGAAAUUGAAUUAGAUCAUCAUUAUGAUAACAAUGAGGACUAUAAUGAAAAUGAAGAUCAGGAACAAGAACAAGAACCUGAUAUAGAGUUAAAACCCAUUAAUGAACAGCCAAAAGCUACUACUUCGGAAAGCUCUACUACUAGUACUACAGCAGCAAGUACUACCAGCACAACAACAACUACUACCACAACUACAGUUAAGCCUACUAUGGCGGAGACCACAACCACCUCCAAACCAGUGGAACUUUUACAUUCUUUAGCCACUACCGCUGCCACUAGCACUAACACACCCUGUAAAACUGAACAACUCGCUAGCACUAGCACCACCCCAGAACCCUGUAAUCGCCAAGAAGUACCCGCCACCUACCAGGUCUAUCCCCAAGUAGUCGAACUUAUGCGCUAUAGUCAACACAACAAUCUACUUUACACCAUUAUCGGCUGCCUUUCCGUUAUAGUGGUCAUUUUGGCUGCCUGGAAUAUACACCUCAAGGCCAAGCAAAGAUCCUAUAGACCUGUAUCCAAUUUCGAUGAUAAUUUUAAUCGUAUGACCUCUAACAUUAAGAAAACUAAUGAUUAUGUUUAAGCCCCUUUUAGGGAGGGGCACCACAGCAGCAGCAGCUAAACGAAAUAUUUUAUAAAAAAAAAAAAUAGUCUAAGUAAGCUAAAAUGUAUAGUGUAUAGAUCUAGAACCUGCCGUUAUUUCUAACAAACACACGCACACACAUACAUUUAGACCCAACUUUGCUUAGCUGAGGAUCUCAAAAUACUUACAAGAAAAAACAAAAUUAUAUGAAAAUUUCAAUUGAAAAAUAGAAGUUGAGAAAAAAAAAAACACUUCAAUUAUGAUUUAAAUUUAAAAAAAUUAUUACAAAAAAGUAUUCAAUAUUUUCCUAAAUUUUAGUUAAAUUCUUAUUUUUAUUAGUUUUAAAAUAAAUUUAUAAAAAAAAAGAAACACAAAAAACCCACCAGCUUCAUUAAAAUCUUUGUUAAAAAGAAAAUUUUUAAACCUCAGUAAUAAUAGAUCAAAAAUUAAGAAAAGAAGAGAAAAACUAAAUGAUUUCCCAAGAAAAAUUUUAAAAGUAAUCGGUUACUCAUUAGGAAUGAGCUAUGUAACUCAUUUACAUUUUCCAGGUCCUUACAUAAUCUUCAUACUAUGUUUUAAUAACCCAUUAGUCUAAGGCCUAGACAUAUUGUUAAACAAACGGUUACUUUUGAAAAAAAAACGGUUACUCGUUAAAAGUAAAGGGUUAACCUUUAAAUUAUGAAAUUCCAUUUUUUCCCCUUAAGUUAUAAAUAUUAACUUUAUGAAAGAAAAAUAUCGGUUAGCCAGCUAUUUCUUUAUAUAGGAAAAGUAACCGGUUACUUGUGAAUGUAUUACGUAACAAAAAACGAUUACUUAUUAAGUAUGUAAUUGAUUUUUUUCCUAAAAAAGCCUAAAUUUUAAUGUUAUAUACGUUUAGUUAACUAUUUAAAUGGUUACUUGAAAAAAACCGGUUACUUUAAGAAAAAUAAACUGCAUAUCCAUAUAAAUUUGCUACAUUUUACUAAAAAAAAUUAAAUAUUUAAUAUGAAAACAUAUAUUUGCUAAGAAUUUUAUUGAUUAUUUAUGAAAAACUAAGAUAAUAAAAUAAAGUAACCGGUUACUUAUAAAUAUAUUACAGUAGUAAAGCGGUUAAUUGAUUAAUUAUGAAUUAGAUUUUAUUAUUUUGUUAAUAACUAUUCACUUUAUGGUAGUUCAGCCAAUUAUUCAAACGGUUACUUGUUAAAAAAAACCCGAUUACUUUGGAAAACUAUCUAGGAAACCAAUUAAAUUUCAAUUAUCUAACAACAAAAUUGAAAUAUGUAGUACAAAAUACACGAGUUUUAAGAAAUAUAACUGAAUACUUUUGAAAAACAAAUAACAAAAUAGUAACCGGUUACUUUUGAAUAUAUGACAGAUAUAAGGGGGUUAAUCUGGAUUAUUGGAUUAUUUUUUAUUUCUAAGUUCCUAAAUGUUUAUAUUUGUGUAGAAAAUGUAAUAAUUGCCUAAUAAUUUAAAAUGGUUACUUGUGAAAAAUUCGGUUAUUUAAAGAAAAAUAAUCUACUUAUGUGAAUGAUGAAUGAUUUUUAUUACUUUUUUUUAUAAACCAAAAAUCUUUAGUUUAACAUGAAAGAUUACCUAAUAAUAUAACUGAUUAAUUAUGAAAAAUUCGUUAAUUUGGAAAAAGUAAUCGGUUACUUUUGGUUAUAUUCCAUAAAUAAAGCUGUUUCUUAAAUAAAUAUUCAUUAUAUUUUAUAUCUCUAUUGAGAAAUUUAAACGGUACGGUAGUAUAGUCAACUAUUUAAACGGUUACUUAUGCUAAAAUCGGUUACUUCGGAAAAGUAACCGGUUAAAACAAUUUAAUUUUCAUUAUUUUACCACAACAGUGAAAUAUUAAGCAUAAUGGAAAAGAUUACCUAAGAAUAUAACCGAUUAAUUUUGAAAAUUUUAAUAAUUUGAAAAAAGUAACCGGUUACUUAUGGGUAUAUUAUAUAAAUAAAGCGGUUUCUUAGUUAAAUAUUAAUUAUAAUUUAUUCCUUUUUUAAUAAAUUUUAAUUUUAUGGCUGUUUAGCCAACUACUCAAACGAUUACUUGUGAAAAAUUCGGUUACUUAGGAAAAAAGUAACCGGCUAAACAAAUAAAAUUUUCAUUAUUUUACUAAAAAACUGAAAUAUUUGGUAUGAAGUAAAAGAUUUCUUAAGAAUAUAACCGAUUAAUUUUCGAAGAUGUUAAUAAUUUGGUAAAAGUAACCGGUUACCGGUUACCGGUUAUAAAUAUAUUACGAAAAUAAAGCAGUUAUAUAUGUAAUUAUUAAUUUAAUUUUAUUCUCACAUUGCUAAACAUUAUGAUUAUGUUAGUUUAGCCCUCUAAGCAAACGCUUACUUGUACAAAAAAAAAUCGGUUACUUAAAGAAAAUACCCCUUAAACUACUUAAAUUUCGAUUAUUUUACUUAAAACCCGAAAUUUUUUCUAUUAAAUAGAGAUUUGUUUAAGAAUACAUUUCAUAUCUUUUAGAUAUUUUCGUUAUAUAGCAAAAGUAACCGGUUACUUAUGAAUAUAUGAUUGGCAUAAAACGGUUACUGAAUUAAUUCUUAAUUGCUAGAAUGGUAUAUUUGAUAACCAUGAAAAGUACUUGAUGUUAACUUAAGGUUUUAAACGGUUACUUUUUAUAGAUACGGUUACUUUUGUGAAAAAUAAUCUGAAAUAAUCUUGUAAAUUUAUAGUAAUAUUCGAAUAGUUUAAAUUGCGUAAAGGAACUAGUUAAGAAUUCGAAUGGUUUCUUAACAAAAUUGUAAAAUUUACUAAAAGUAACCGGUUACUUAUAUAAAAUACUUAAACAUCAUACUUUUAUAGGACAAAUUUUAAAACUUAGUGAUAAACUAUAGCGUUUUUAUUUGCAAAUUUAAGCAAUUAUUUAUCAAAACAAAAUGGUUACUCGUUCCAAAACAACCGAUUACUUUUAGCUAAAAUAAGUUUUUCUUUCAGAAAUCAUUAAUUUUUCUUUCUUUUUCAAACCAUACAAAGUUAUACGAUAUUUUUUAUGCAUAUUAUCAAAACAAUUUUAUCUCAUUAUAAAUUAUAAAAAAUAAAUUUAAAAUCUUAAACAGAAAAUUAAUUAAAUCCAAAUAUAAAUACAAACAAAAAACUAUUAACUUAAAAUAUUUAACUAUUAUUUAUGUGAUAUAUAUUAUUAAGUGGGUAAUUAUAUAUAAAAAAAACGUAUGUAAGAAUAUAUAACGAACGAUUUAUGUAAAUCUUGUUAAAAUCAUUUACUUAGAACAAACGAGGAACAAAAUUUUGUCUUGAAAAAAACAAUUUUUGCUUUCUAAAACACAUAACUAACGAGUACUUAGUUCGUUUUUUUUUUAAUGAAACAUAUGAAAACUUCAUAAAAUUAUUUUAAAAACAAUAAUUUUUUUUCUAGUUAUAAAACAUACAUUUAUACCUACUUUUAUACAACUACUGUAUUACUAACUUUUAAUAAACAUUUUUUAACUAAAUAUUAAUGUUUAUAAUUUUUAUUUUAUUUUUUUGUUUAGUUUUAAAAAUAUAAUAUAUU